AUGCCACUGCAAACGGAGAUCCUGAGAGAAGUCUGGGCUGCUGACAGCCCCAGUGAGGAGCCGGAGAGCCCCCAGCACAAGCCCAAACAGAAGCUGAAGAAGAAGAGGCAGGAGCCUGGGCUGGAGGGCGAGGCCAAGCCACGGCGGCCGCGGGUGAAGAAGCUGAGCGAGUCAGGGGCUGCAGAGGAGCCUCCUGCCCCAGGUCAGGGGGUGAAGAAGGUGAGGAAGAAAAAGGAGGAGAAGGCGGGGGAGGAGAGCGACAAGGACCCCUACUCCAAAUUCACCAAAGAGCCUCGGAAGAAGAAGGAGAGCCCGGCUCCCCGCUCCCAAGUGGCCAAGGGCCUCAAGAAGCCACAAGGUGACCUCUGGGCAGAGCCGGCGGAGGAUGAAGAAGAUGAGGAAGAGGAAGAGGAGGUGGAGAAUAAAAACCCGCCAAAAAAGCUCAAGAAGAAGCUUCCCAAAGAGCCACUGUCAGGAGGGGCGGAGAAGAAGCUGAAGUCGAAGGAUGACAAGAGUGACCCUGACAGCAAAACCAAAUCCGCCAAAAGCACCAAAAAGGAGCCACUGUCCGUGUUCCAGGUGAAGAAGGAGAAGAAAAGCAAGAAGAAAGCUGUCACCAGCAGUGAUGAGGAGGACGAUUCCGACUCGAGCACCAAACCCAUCAGGUCAGAGAAGAAGAAAAACCCAGCGUCCCUCUUCCAGACUGGUGGGGAUCCCCCAAAGGAGAAAAAAUCCAAAAAGAAAGUUCCUCCCAAAGGGGCUGAGAGCGAGGAGGAGACCCCGGAGACACAGCAGAAAAACUCCAACAAGAAGGGGAAAGCAAAGAAAUCAAAGAAGCAGAAGGAGGAGAGGCCCCCAUCCCCUGUCAUCGAGGUGGAAAACCUGGAGGAGUUUGUGCUGCAGCCGGCGCCGCAGGGAGUGACCGUCAAAUGCCGGGUGACACGGGACAAGAAGGGCAUGGACCGGGGCCUUUACCCCACCUACUACGUUCACCUGGAUAAUGACAAGAAGGUGUUCCUCCUGGCUGGGAGGAAGCGUAAGAAGAGCAAAACCUCCAACUACCUCAUCUCCAUCGACCCCACCGACCUGUCACGGGGUGGAGAGAACUUCAUYGGGAAGCUGAGAUCCAACCUGAUGGGUACGAGGUUCACCGUGUUCGACAACGGCGUCAACCCCGACAGGGCCAACCCCGACUGGUCCAACGUGCGCCAGGAGCUCUCGGCCGUGGUCUACGAGACCAACGUUUUAGGGUUCAAAGGGCCCCGGAAGAUGACUGUCAUCAUCCCUGGGAUGAACGCUGACUGUGAGAGGGUGCCCAUCCGGCCUCGAAAUGACAAUGAUGGCCUCCUGAUGCGAUGGCAGAACAGGAACAUGGAAAACGUGAUCGAGCUGCACAACAAGGCCCCGGUGUGGAACGACGAGACCCAAUCCUACGUUCUCAAUUUCCACGGCCGGGUCACCCACGCUUCUGUCAAAAAUUUCCAGAUCGUGCACAGCAGCGACCCCGACUACAUCGUGAUGCAGUUCGGGCGGGUGGCGGACGACGCCUUCACCAUGGACUACAACUACCCGCUGUGCGCCGUGCAGGCCUUCGCCAUCGCUCUCUCCAGCUUCGACGGCAAGCUGGCCUGCGAGUAACCCCUGCACCAGGACUGCUGCUGGGGCCACCAGGACUGCUGCUGGGGCCACCAGGACUGUUGCUGGGGCCACCAGACCCCGCUGCUGGGGCCACCAGGGCUGCCCAGCAGUGCCCGGAGGAUGCUCCAGCGUCCCUGCCCUGCUCCGCUCCCUGCAUCUCCACCUUCUUGCGGUCACAAUUGUUCCUGUGGUGGUUCAAGGAGCUCACUGAACGCUGUGGGAUGCCCACCCAGCUGCUGCCACCCUCUCCAGGGCAAWUCAGGACAGAACGCUGGUGUGGGGUGAUGGCAGAGUCAGGUUUUGGGGAUAUUCAGCAGAUGAGGCUGACUGUGAUCCCUAUCUCAUCCCUCUGAGAUAUCUCUUGGACUCAGAUCCUGUAAACUCCUCCCCCACACACCUUUUUUUUUUUGGUUUUUAGACUCUAGUUUGUAUUU